UCCUCGAACGAAACGGUUGUUAAAUGCGGAGCGCGGCGACAUAAUACAUUUUUCAAUAUUUUCGACUGCACUGGCCCUAAUCUCUGUGUGUGGUAUAUAUACAAGAUAGAGAUAAAUAGCACAGAACUCGUGGAAAAGCCAAGAUAUUGUAUCUUACGGAUACAAGGCUAAGUUCAUGGAUUAAAUGCCAGGCAACAACAACAAAUGCCAGCCAUCCAGUGUUUCAGUGUGUGUGUGCGUCGCCAAGUGUAAAGUAAAGUAAAGGUAAAAGAGCGAAAGGCGAGAGAGAAAACGGAAAACGUGAGGCCUGUCCGCCAGUCGCUUUUCUUUUCCAUGUGUAAAGCAAAUGAUGUGUGAAAAUUCUAACGAAUUCCAAAAGAAAUUGUGUCCAAGAUAAAAUCCGAAAACCGCGUUUAAAUCGUUGAAAAAAAUAUUAUUACAAAAACAAAACCAAAAGCAAAAGCGAAGCCAGCAAUCACAACAAAACCAAACAACACAAAGAGAGCUCAGAUACACAGCGUGAGCGAGAAAGAGAGAGAGCACGAGCGAAGUGAGAGAGCGUCUCUUCUUAAUCAAAAAUAAAAAUAAAAAUAAUAUCCAGUAAAAAAUGCAGAGUGCAGUGCAAAAUGCAGCCAAACAAAAUACGAGAUCCCAAUAACAAUUAAUCGAACCGAAAGCCCACGAACUAACCGCACACUGCCUCCCAAGUCUCAGUUCCCGGACGCAGACAAACGGCAGGCACUGUCCGAAAGAACCGAUUCGAUUCCAUCUGCACAUUUCCUUCACCAACACCCCCACACCUUCCCCGCCACUCCAGCAACUAUUCCGUCCGGAAUACGGCUAUAAACAUAACCAUAAUGGACCGCGACAGCCUCCCACGCGUUCCGGACACACACGGCGAUGUGGUCGAUGAGAAAUUAUUCUCGGAUCUUUACAUACGCACCAGCUGGGUGGACGCCCAAGUGGCGCUCGAUCAGAUAGAUAAGGGCAAGGCGCGUGGCAGCCGCACGGCAAUCUAUCUGCGAUCAGUAUUCCAGUCCCACCUCGAAACACUCGGCAGCUCCGUGCAGAAGCAUGCGGGCAAGGUGCUCUUCGUGGCGAUCCUGGUGCUGAGCACCUUCUGCGUCGGCCUAAAGAGUGCCCAGAUCCACUCGAAGGUCCACCAGCUGUGGAUCCAGGAGGGUGGCAGAUUAGAGGCGGAACUGGCCUACACACAGAAAACGAUCGGUGAGGACGAGUCGGCAACGCAUCAGCUGCUCAUCCAGACGACGCACGAUCCGAAUGCCUCAGUACUGCAUCCGCAGGCGCUACUGGCUCAUCUGGAGGUCUUGGUCAAGGCGACGGCCGUAAAGGUCCACCUGUAUGACACUGAAUGGGGGCUGCGGGACAUGUGCAACAUGCCGAGCACGCCCUCAUUUGAGGGCAUCUACUACAUCGAGCAGAUCCUGCGGCACCUCAUACCGUGCUCGAUCAUUACGCCGCUGGAUUGCUUCUGGGAGGGUAGCCAGCUCUUGGGUCCUGAGUCGGCGGUGGUUAUACCAGGUCUCAAUCAGCGACUUCUGUGGACAACCCUGAAUCCCGCCUCGGUGAUGCAGUACAUGAAGCAGAAGAUGUCCGAGGAGAAGAUCAGCUUUGACUUUGAGACCGUGGAGCAGUACAUGAAGCGGGCGGCCAUUGGCAGUGGCUACAUGGAGAAGCCCUGCUUAAACCCACAGAAUCCCAGUUGCCCCGACACGGCGCCAAACAAGAACAGCAGCCAGCCACCGGAUGUAGGAGCCAUCCUUUCCGGAGGAUGUUACGGAUAUGCAGCAAAGCACAUGCACUGGCCGGAGGAGCUGAUAGUGGGCGGAGCAAAAAGGAAUCGCAGUGGUCACUUGAGGAAGGCCCAGGCCCUGCAGUCGGUGGUGCAGCUGAUGACUGAGAAGGAGAUGUUUGACCAGUGGCAGGAUAACUACAAGGUACACCAUCUUGGCUGGUCACAGGAGAAGGCAGCCGAGGUUUUAAACGCCUGGCAACGUAACUUCUCAAGGGAGGUGGAGCUGCUGCUUCGUAAGCAGUCGAGGAUUGCCACCAACUAUGAUAUCUACGUGUUCAGCUCGGCGGCUCUGGAUGAUAUUCUGGCUAAGUUCUCGCAUCCAAGCGCCGUAUCCAUUGUGAUUGGUGUGGCUGUGACUGUUCUGUAUGCCUUCUGCACACUCCUCCGCUGGCGGGAUCCUGUUCGUGGCCAGAGCAGUGUGGGCGUGGCCGGAGUUCUACUCAUGUGUUUCAGCACCGCCGCUGGUUUGGGCUUAUCUGCUCUUCUGGGAAUCGUCUUCAACGCGGCCAGCACUCAGGUGGUUCCAUUUUUGGCCCUGGGACUGGGUGUGGAUCACAUCUUUAUGCUGACAGCUGCCUAUGCGGAGAGUAACCGGCGGGAGCAGACCAAGUUGAUCCUGAAGAAAGUUGGACCAAGCAUCCUGUUCAGUGCCUGCAGCACGGCGGGAUCCUUCUUUGCGGCUGCCUUCAUUCCAGUUCCUGCUUUGAAGGUAUUCUGUCUCCAAGCAGCCAUCGUAAUGUGCUCCAACUUGGCUGCGGCUCUUUUGGUCUUUCCGGCCAUGAUUUCGUUGGAUCUGCGCAGGCGGACAGCUGGCAGGGCAGACAUCUUCUGCUGCUGUUUCCCGGUGUGGAAGGAACAACCCAAGGUGUCCCCGCCGGUCCUCCCAUUGAACAACAACAAUGGACGAGGGGCCAGGCAUCCAAAGAGCUGCAACAACAACAGGGUGCCGGUGCCACAGCCUGCCCAGAAUCCUCUGCUAGAGCAGAGGUCAGUCAGUCCUGGCAGUAGUCACACCCUGGCAUCCUUUUCCCUGGCCAACUUCGCCUUCGAGCACUACACACCCUUCCUCAUGCGCAGCUGGGUGAAGUUCCUCACUGUGAUGGGAUUCCUGGCUGCUCUUAUCUCCAGCCUGUAUGCCUCGACGCGCCUUCAAGAUGGCCUGGACAUCAUCGACCUAGUGCCCAAGGACAGUAACGAGCACAAGUUCUUGGAUGCCCAAACCCGGCUCUUUGGUUUCUACAGCAUGUAUGCCGUCACCCAGGGAAACUUUGAGUAUCCCACCCAGCAGCAGUUGCUGAGGGAUUACCAUGACUCCUUUGUCCGAGUGCCACAUGUCAUUAAGAACGAUAAUGGUGGACUGCCGGAUUUUUGGCUGCUGCUCUUCCGCGACUGGCUAAGCAAUCUGCAGAAGAUCUUCGACGAGGAGAUCCGCGAUGGAAGACUAACCAAGGAGUGCUGGUUCCCCAAUGCCAGCAGCGAUGCCAUCUUGGCGUAUAAGUUGAUCGUGCAGACGGGUCAUGUGGACAAUCCGGUGGACAAGGAACUGGUGGUGACCAAUCGACUGGUGAACAGUGAUGGCAUCAUCAACCCGCGUGCUUUUUACAAUUAUCUGUCGGCCUGGGCCACCAAUGAUGUCUUCGCCUACGGAGCUUCUCAGGGUAAACUCUAUCCCGAACCGCGCCAGUAUUUUCACCAACCCAACGAGUAUGAUCUGAAGAUUCCCAAGAGUCUGCCCCUGGUCUAUGCCCAGAUGCCCUUCUACCUGCACGGACUGACAGACACCUCGCAGAUCAAAACCCUUAUUGGUCACAUUCGCGAUCUGAGCGUUAAGUUUGAGGGCUUCGGUCUUCCCAACUAUCCAUCGGGCAUUCCAUUUAUCUUCUGGGAGCAGUACAUGACCCUACGUUCCUCACUGGCCAUGAUCCUGGCCUGCGUUCUUCUGGCUGCCUUGGUGUUGGUCUCCCUGCUUCUACUGUCCGUUUGGGCCGCUGUCCUAGUGAUCUUGACCGUACUGGCCUCGCUGGCCCAGAUCUUUGGAGCCAUGACCCUGCUGGGCAUCAAACUUUCGGCCAUUCCAGCAGUCAUACUCAUCCUAAGCGUGGGUAUGAUGCUCUGCUUCAAUGUGCUGAUCUCACUGGGCUUCAUGACAUCCGUGGGCAAUCGUCAGCGUCGUGUGCAGCUGAGCAUGCAGAUGUCCCUGGGACCACUGGUCCAUGGAAUGCUGACCUCUGGAGUGGCUGUGUUCAUGCUCUCCACCUCGCCCUUUGAGUUCGUGAUCCGGCACUUCUGCUGGCUUCUGUUGGUUGUCCUGUGCGUGGGUGCCUGCAACAGCUUAUUGGUGUUCCCCAUCCUCCUGAGUAUGCUGGGACCAGAGGCAGAACUGGUGCCGCUAGAGCAUCCUGACCGGAUAUCCACACCCUCACCACUGCCCGUGCGAAGUAGCAAGAGAUCAGGCAAAUCCUAUGUGGUGCAGGGCUCUCGUUCUUCACGAGGAAGCUGUCAGAAGUCGCACCAUCAUCACCAUAAGGACUUAAAUGAUCCAUCGCUGACCACAAUCACCGAGGAGCCGCAGUCCUGGAAGUCCAGCAACUCGUCCAUCCAGAUGCCCAACGAUUGGAGCUAUCAGCCGAGUGCCCCACCACCCCCCGCCUAUCAGAAGGCCGCAUCACAGCAACAGCAGCAUCAGCAGCAGGGUCCGCCCAUAAUGCCACCGCCUCCAUUUCCGGCGGCAUAUCCACCGGAGCUGCAGAGCAUUGUGGUGCAGCCAGAGGUGACGGUGGAGACGACGCACUCGGACAGCAACACCACCAAGGUGACGGCCACGGCCAACAUCAAGGUGGAGCUGGUAACGCCCGGUCGGGCGGUGCGCAGCUAUAACUUUACGAGUUAGCACUAGCACUAGUUCCUGUAGCCAUUAGCCCGUAUCUUUAGGCCUUACUUUAAGCCGUAAACCUAUUUGUAUCUGUAUAUUCGAUUUGUUCAGCGGGUCUGUCGGGGAUUUUAUUUUCUUGGAUUUUUACCAUUUUUAAAAACUUAAAUUUGAUGUCACAAAAAUGUAAAAAACAGAAAACAGACUAGAAUUUUCCAGUUAUUUUAAAAAAGAUAUUAGUUUGAAUGGAAAUUUUCUGAACUUAUCAAAACCUAAAAAGAUAUCCUUGAAAAUUGAAAAUCUCGACAGGCCUGUGUGUAUGUAUAUGUGUAUGCAUGUUAGUUAAUUUCCCAGAGUCCGGUAAUCGUAGCAGCUGCCUCCCCGUCCCAUCCUCCCUUGGAAAAACGCCCACCUUCCUUAAACCAAGACCCCACCGCCCCUCUGCCUAGCAGCUUUGUAUGUAUGUAUCCUAGCACUUAAGGAAUACUUAAACUUAGAGAUAUUUAUUGUAACACACACACACACUCAACGAACACACACACACACACUGUACUUACAUAUAAUUCAACGCGAGAUUCACCCACACAAAAACACACACAAACUAGUAAUUUGUAGCUCGUAAUUUAGUUUAAAUAUGUACAUAAAACACAAGGACUUGAACCAAAAUAGUAUCGCUUAAACGGAAACGAAAGAAACGAGAAAAAUCAAUUACUAUUACUUAAUCAACUACAAGAGAAAUCCCUCCUCCCCCAACGGUACUUACAACCAAAUUAAAAACGAGAGUAUAAAUAUAAAAUAAUUAUAAAAAAAAAAGAAUGGAAAGCGAAGCGGGGAUCGAUUGUAAACGCGGCAUUUAUCCAUGUACAUUUGUUGCACAAAGACUGACUGUCUUUUUUUAAAUAAAAUUAUAUAUUAUACAGUUUUUUAAAAGCGAAAA